CAUUUUGUUGUUUUUUUUUUUUUUGGUCACUACAUUUUGUUGUUACAAUACAAACAAAACUUCCAAAUCCUACAUCAAAACGACUAAACGAUGCUUCGAGCCACUGUAGUAUAAGGCCACUGCAACAUGCCAGAGUCACAAAAAAAUAAAAAGAGAUAAAACGACAGACAGAGACGUAUCAAUCGAGCUUAUUAAAAACGAACCGCACUUUCCUCUCCACUAUAUAAAUCCCCAAACAAACACGUCUUAAAUGAGGACACGCAGCACCGAUCACAAUAAACGCAGCAGAUUCCCUUUCCGAUCAACAGAUUCCGACGACGAAUCGCCGCGGCGAACCAGAACCGCAUUCCGACGGAGGGCUUUUCUCGCUCUGGUGGUGGCCAUGGCGGGGCAAUCACGGAAAUGGAUGAUUCUCGUCGCCACGAUUUGGAUUCAGGCGUUUACAGGGACCAAUUUCGAUUUCUCCCAGUACUCGUCGUCGUUGAAAUCGGCGCUUGAUAUCUCGCAGGUUCAGCUCAAUUAUCUCGCCACCGCGAAUGAUAUGGGGAAGGUUUUCGGUUGGUCGUCGGGGCUUGCUUUGAUGUAUCUUCCUCUGUCUUUCGUCAUGUUCAUCGCUGCUUCCAUGGGUUUCAUUGGUUAUGGCCUUCAGUGGCUUGUGAUCAACCAUGUCAUCACUUUGCCUUAUUUUCUGGUCUUUCUUCUGUGUCUUUUAGGUGGCUGUAGCAUCUGUUGGUUCAACACGGUUUGUUUUGUUCUCUGCAUUAGGAACUUUCCAGUUAACCGAACCCUUGCAUUAUCACUCACUGUGAGUUUUAAUGGUGUUAGUGCAGCCCUCUACACCCUUGCUGCCAAUUCAAUAGACCCUUCAUCCAAAGCACUGUAUCUGCUUCUGAAUGCUCUUGUUCCUCUUCUCGUUUGCAUCUUUGCACUUAUUCCGAUUCUACGCCAACCGGCUCUAGACCCUCUCCCUCCUGAUGCUGUUAACCGGGACUCGCUGAUAUUUCUAAUACUGAACUUCAUAGCCAUCUUAACUGGCGUUUACCUACUCCUCUUUGGCUCAUCUGCUUCUUCCGUGACUUCAGCUCGACUCUACUUUGGUGGAGCUAUUCUCCUCCUCCUCUUCCCAUUAUUCAUUCCUGGAAUCGUAUAUGCUCGGGCUUGGUUUAACCGUACCAUCCAUUCCAGCUUUCGGAUGGAAGGCUCGAGCUUCAUUCUUGUUCACGAUGAUGAUCUUGAGCUGCAUAAAGAACUCAGCCGUCACAAUAGUAUCGCCAGCAAUGGAGAUGCCUACUACAGCCUGCUGGGUAACAAUGGUAACAUGUUUGAAAGUCAGAAGACGUCAGAUAGUGAUGUGUGCUGCGAGAGGAUGAUUGACCAGGAUCAGUUGACAAUGCUAGGAGAAGAGCACUCAGCUGCAGUCAUUGUUCGCAGAUUGGACUUUUGGUUAUACUAUGUUACAUACUUCUGCGGCGGCACAAUUGGUCUUGUCUAUAGCAAUAAUCUGGGACAGAUUGCACAAUCUCUUGGCCUGAGUUCAAAUACUUCCACUCUUGUCACACUCUAUGCGUCCUUUUCUUUUUUUGGCCGUUUGCUUUCGGCUGGGCCAGACUAUAUUCGCAAUAAGUUAUACUUUGCAAGGACUGGUUGGCUAUCCGUUGCACUUAUUCCGACCCCGAUCGCGUUCAUCUUGCUUGCUGCAUCAGACAGUUCUCUGGCACUGCAAACAGGCACUGCCCUAAUUGGGUUGAGUUCCGGUUUCAUAUUUGCAGCUGCUGUGUCUGUUACAUCUGAGCUGUUUGGACCUAACAGCGUCGGUGUCAAUCAUAAUAUUCUCAUAACAAAUAUCCCAAUUGGAUCACUUCUCUAUGGUUUUCUCGCAGCGCUUGUUUAUGAUGCCAAUGCAAACUCAAAACCAGGAAACCUGAUAAUGUCUGACAAAGUAGUGUGUAUGGGAAGGCAGUGCUACUUCUGGACGUUUGUCUGGUGGGGAUGCAUAUCUGUCCUCGGGCUUGCUUCGAGUGCGCUGUUAUUCUUAAGAACCAGACAUGCAUAUGGUCAUUUCGAGAAACACCGGACUUCAACACAAACAAUUGUGUCUUAACUGUUGUUACUGAUGAGACAUGAAGAUCAUAGUGUGACUGAAUUCAUUUGGACAGUAGCAGAAGCUUCACUAGUCGUAGAUAUGAAUUGUAGGCAGAGAUAGAGGAGCAGAGCCAAAGCUCGUGCGAUUUUUGAGGAGUAUUCUAUUGUAGAGGUGAGCAAGAUAUUCAGAAGCAAAGAGCAUAAGGUUUUUGUUACUCAUUCACUGUGCAUAGAUGAAAAAAUAAAACAAUAAAAAAGAAUAGAUGAAAAGUGGUUUGAGGAAAGAUGCACCAAUAAAGCAGAUGACAUCUGAGUCUGGACCUUCUGGAAGUUUUGCGGCCAUGAUUUGGUUCACAUAAGCAAAUAACUUUGAACAGAGUGUGAUAUUUAGCCUGAUAACUUUUCUGUAGAAGCAGGAGCUAUGCUUUGUCCAUGCUUGCUGCAAGUUGGAUCGAAGAUGCUGCAACAACUACUUCUUGUUUAGCUUUUAGCAAAGAUUUCUCCAACAAAGCCAGACAUGACAUUUUAAACAGCUGUAAUUGUUUCAUAUCUUUCAAGAUCUCUAUAGAAUAUACGGCUCAAAUGCCUGAGUUUUACCCUUUGUUUUCAUUUUUUUCAGUUUCUUCCAUCUUAAAAGAAAAAUAAGACUUAGAAAGUUUGAUUUUGUAAUAUAGGAACUCCCCAAGCUUCAUCCCACUUUAUGAUUUGAACGAGGCUUUUGUCUUUUCCCAAGCUCUGUUAUGAAAAUUCUGAUUACUCAUCACUUGCCAUAUGCCAA